AUGGAAUUUACAAAUCUAACUCAUUUCUGGUUUAAUUUAAAAAACAAAGGUGUAUAUACAUUAAAACCACUUACUACUUUAUCAUCUACAUGCUAUUCAUCAAGUAUUGUUCAUUUAAAUAUUAAGGAAAUUGUGUUCAAUAUAAAAUGUUUUUCGUUGACUUCAUUUUGUAUAACAUUGGAAUAUGUUAAUCAAAUUGUUCCACUUCUUCGUCAAAUAUCGCAAUUAGAAAAAUUAACAUUAUCUCUUUAUGCUCAUGGUCGAGCUUCAUUUAUUGAUGGAGCUCAUUUGAAUAAUGAUAUCAUUAUUAAAAUACCAUAUCUACAUACUUUUAUUUUUGAUAUUGUCACUGAAGAUGUAAUAAUCAAUAAGGCAUAUUUACCAACAUCUGAUGAUGUUCGACGUGCAUUCAUCCAAAAAGGAUAUAAUGUUGACUGCUAUAUUGACUAUCUUUGGAAUGAAAGAAGAAGUCAAUGCCAUAUUUACCCACUUCCCUUUACUAUAAAACGUAUAAAUGCAAUUACUAAUAAAUAUCUUCCUUGUGGCGUAUUCAAGCAUGUUCGUAAGCUAUGUGUGAGUGAUCCAAUACGUUCAAUUGAAUAUGAUUUCUUCGUUUUAAUCUCACAAGCAUUUCCAUUGCUUGAAGAUUUAACUGUGUUAAGUACGGUGAAUCAAAAAAAAACGACCAAAUAA